AUAUCUCCUUAUUUAAAACAUAAAUAUUAUUUACUUUUAUAUAUUAAAUUCGUAUAAAAAUUAAUAUAUUUGACUGAUCGCAUUGUUCCUGUUUAGAAAUGUCAUUGAUGUUCGUUUUACUGUAUUUGCGACGCGCUGUGACUCCAUUACCAUACUUUAUAGUGGAUUUUGUUGUGACUUGCUGUGACUCCAUUAUCGUGUUCUAUAGUGUAUUAGUUAAUUGUUAUAACUUCACUAGCUUACUUUGAUUUUGUUGUGAAGUGCUGUGACUUCAUUGUCUCGGUACUUAUGGUGUAUUAGUAAGAUCCUGCAGUAAACGUGAAUCCGUGUUGUCUUCCUCAGUUGCUUAUUUAUCUUCAAUUUAUAACUAUAUUUCUUUCUUCUUUCUACUCUAUGAUGUAAGUUACCCCGAUGGCGCUACAUGUUAAUUUCCUAGCAAAUUGGGUAUUUUUAUAACCUUUCCUUGUUUAAAACGUGAAAGUGACUUGAAAACUUAAUUAAUUUCUAUUGCAGCCCCGAAACGCUAGAUCCUGCACGCUUACAUAAAGAUUGUCUACCACUUAAAAUUUAUUAGGAUUCUUGUUUUAUCUUCUAAUCACAAAUUACUAUUACUUUAGCUUAACUAUAAUGGACAACCUCAUGACUUAACGAUGAUAACAUCAGUAGUGGGCCCACUUUAAUUUCAAACAAUGCAUCAUCCUUGGAGGAGAGUGUAUGUUUUUUUUAUUUAUUUGAGGACGACGACUAAGCAAGUCAGAGAACAAUUUAUACAGGAAAAGGAGGAUUUAUACAGGAAAAGACUCUGCUUUUUAGCAAGAAGGUUUAUUCUUAAUUUUAUUUUUUUAAACUACUUUUGAAUAUAUAUUACUUACAGUAUAAACUUUUAAAUUACAAUAACCUCUUACGCCCAUGAAACACCCUCGUUCCUAGGGUUUUUAACUACUUGAUAUGAGGAAAAAGACGGCGAAAAAUAUAUUUUUGCGCCCUCUUUUUAUAUAAUAAUUCUCUUGCAUUAGUAGUUUUCCACAGCAUAGAAAUUGUUAUCCUCAUUCCUUUAGAAAAACUAUUUUCACAAAUGUAUUUGAAGAAGAGCGUGGUUAUAGAAAUACACCAUAGUAAGAUACUAUACCCUUUAAAAAAACGCAAUGGUUAAAGCACACUUUAUUCUUAACAUCGUCCAUUUGAUGUUAUGUGUAGGAACACUAGGAGGCGGUAUAGCAUUCAUAUACGCUCCUGAAUAUGGACGCAAUAAUGUGAUAUUAUUAAAACGCGUAUACGUGCCUAUUUGGGCUCCAAUUUUACUAGCAGUGAACCCAAUCUUAGGAUUGAUUGGAGAAUGUACAGGAUUUCGUCCGUUCUUUCACGUUAAGCUUGGCUUCGAUAUUUGGUACACAUUCUGGUGGAUGAUUGGUGCAAUAUUUUACGCGCACCUUGGACUAAGUUAUCCCAAAUGUUUUGGUAAUACGCAAGGCAGGCAGAACUAUGGUUUUAGUUGCUCGUUAAUCCCGUGUUGCUACAAAUGGAACGCUGAUAUAUAUUCUUCGAUACGCGAGGAUAGUUUUCGCUUGGAGUAUAAGAUAGUUGUUUAUCUCAUUGUGCUGUAUUUCACCCAAACAGUUUGUUUAAUAGCAUCCAUUAUAUCCUAUUAUAAGGAGAUUGGAUGUUGUCAGUGCCGUAGAGAAGUUACCCAAAGAGAGAUUAUAGUAAUGAGAAUUCCUUAAGCUACAAAUAUUCUUUGGAUAUUGUAUAUUAUACACUUUUUAUAUAAUUCAAAGUUUAAACACUCAAUCUUCAAUACUAUAAUUAAAUUAAAUUAAAACUUGCGAGCAUGGCCCGAAAAGAACUUCAAGCGUCUUUCGCUUUCGCGAAUAAGAAAACUGUGCAAACGAAAAAAAUUAUUCAAAAGAGAUGCAUUGACCCUAUUAAGGUUAAGUUUUUUGGGACUCUAAAAAUUUAAAAGGAGGGGCGUGGGUAGAAUUGAAUUUCAGUGCAUUCUGCGGCAGUCUAGAGGGUCUGAUUCAAAAAAUUUCUCCCUAAAAGAAAACUAUCGUUGCGCUUCCCUGAAACUAUGAAAGCAUAAAAUUCCCUCGGUGUACAACUAGUUACAGUUGUGGUGUAAAAUUUAAGCACAAUUGUAACAUCAUAUAAAAGAAUAAAUCAGCAUAAUUAUUUAAUUUUUCGCUGGUAAUUGAAGUUAAUACCAUCACCUAAGAAAAUCGCGUUUUAGAACUCUCUCAACAAUACUCUGCUGUUCUAUUUUGACUUUUUGUUAGUGGUAUAAAUAGUUUAUAGUAUCUCUCUCUUUUUAGCAAACAUUCUGAAACCUAUUUCAAAUAAGAAUUGGUUUAUGCGUUAGUUACGUCAGCAGAGUUUUGGACAGAUGUUAACUUUGUCAUGUCAUCUUUCCAAAAGAAAUUAAAAACAAAGCUGGUGCACUUGCUUUAGCCGGACAAACUUUCAUGAAAGAAAUUUACGAAUUUCCUAACUCUCAAAAACCAACAACGGUAUCCUCCUCUCUCAUAAACAAUAUAGAGAAAAGUGCGGUAAACUAAUUCUUGCAUGGCUUAUUUGUAACGUUAAGUUAAAAAACAAGGAAAAAAUGUUUAUCUUCUGUAAGAUUUUUCAAUCUCACAGCAAAAAAACACCAUUUUUAGGCAAGGAAAACUUCAAAAUCACAUAAGUGAAAAUUUCGUACGUUUUUACCAUACCAUUUCUCUUGUAGAAUUAAUCAGGAAAGUACGUAAAGCGGAAAUCAUGAAGGAGUCCAUUGGAGAAUAUAGAAUAUUCUAACUAGAAUCGACUGUUUAAAGUAACAAUUAAGGUAAAGUAAGUCUUAAGUAAAAUUUAUUUUCUGUGCAGAUCCGCUAUUGAAUUGGAAAUCAGAAAAUGCGCUCAAGUCUUUACAGAACUUAAUCAGAGACUCUGCAUACCUAAUUUCAUCUCGAGGAGAACCAUAAAUGUGAUGCUUCAAUUUUGGACAAAAUAUUGAGAUAAAGGCAACUUUUUCGUCUUUUUUUUAAAUAUUGACAAGAGUAUCAAACGAUAAAUGUUCUGCAGUUGACAGGCGACAAAGUCGCUUAUUUUGCGCAUGCUUAAGCCAGUCAGAAAGCGUUUUAAGAUUUGCUAGUUGUAUUAUCUAGCACGCCUGCACUCCAAAAUAAUCCACGUCGGCCCUCGAUUUCUCUAAAAUUCGCAGAAAAUGCCCAUGCUGAUGUCAACAACAAUUAGCACAUUAUAAGAGUUUAUAUAGUGGUUUAUAUAUAUACCACUUUAAAAAGUGUAUGAUUGUACUUAUGUGCAUGUAAAAUUUGUAUCUGUAAUUUUAAUACAGUUUUAUUUUACUGUCGCAAAAUACUUCUUCCUAUUAGGACUUAACUAUACAAUAGUUAAGCCCAAAUUAUAUUAAUGUCAAAUCAAUACCUUAUGCAUGAAACUAGCAAUAAUAAUAAAACCUGUUCAACAAAGAAGUAAGAAAAAAAAUGAUCGCGUUAAAGAAAGUACGAGAUGAUCCAACCGACUUCAAAUUUUGACAUCAAAUAAGUGGCAAUGGCGGAUGUGAAUUCUCCUGAAAUAGACUUUCAAGAAACACACUUUCACGCGAGGUGAAGAAAAAAAAGGGCCUUAUUAACUAUGUAUCUGUAAUUCUUUUAAUACUAAAACUUUGUUCCACCUGUCUAUUUGGUCAUAACAAAGAGGUUCCUUCAUGAUAUAUAAAGAAAUCGAAAUCACGUAAUAUUAUUAAUUGAUUUAUUUUA